ACUCCAGACAUGAUGGUCCAGCGUCUAAAAUACCGACGUAGGUUGUCCUACAACACAGCCUCUAACAAGAAGACUUCGUGGUGCCCAGGAAGACUUCGUGGUGUAUGUGCUGUUCGCCCUAAAGUUCUUAUGAGACUGUCAAAAACAAAGAAGCAUGUUAGCAGGGCCUAUGGUGGUUCCAUGUGUGCUAAAUGCGUUCGUGACAGAAUCAAACAAACAUUCCUUAUUGAGGAACAGAAGAUUGUUGUCAAGGUGCUGAAGGCCCACACACAGAGUCAGAAAUCAAAGUGAUAAUUUGUGUUGUCUGCCUAAUAAAUGAAGAUUUAACUUC